AACUUUUCAAACCUUUCUAUAAACUUUCAAAUCAUAGAUCCAGAACCACCUCCUUCUUUUCAAAUAAAAAUUUUACCCAAAAAAAUCCCGAGUUUAAAUAAAUGGGAAUUUUAUGCAAGGCGGUUGACGCGCUGCUGAUGGUGGCGUUCGUGGUGUUGUUUUUUUACGGUCCUUUAAUCGGCGCGCAGUUGGUUUAUCCAGAGACCACUUUCCCGGAGGUGCUCGUCCGUUUGAAGCAGCGUUAUGCGGAGGAGUACCAAGAUUUUCUAAUGGUGGAGAAGCCUCUUUUCUUCGUGGCCUUGGUCUGGUUGGAACUUAUGUUCCAGUGGCCUCUCGUUCUGCUCAACAUUUAUGGGAUUUUGGCAUCGAAGCCCUGGUUCAACACCACGUGUCUCAUCUAUGGUGCCUCUGUUAUUACUUCCAUGACUGCUCUAUUAGGGGAGCUGCUGGGAUCCCAGAAGGCAUCAGAUAAGUUGUUGACAAUGUACUUUCCUUUCAUGGGAGUUGGUGUUUUGGCCUUGCUGCGGGGACUGGUUUCUCACUCCGGCAAGUCUCAGACCGAUGGCAAAAGACCUGCAACUGCUAGGAAGAAAAGGGCUUGAAAGUUGGGAAUACAGGAAACACAUCUUCUCCUCCAACUUCUUAUGUGGUCAUUUUAUGUCAUGUUUUUGUUUCAUUUGUAUGAUUAUUGCCUGCUAGUUUAGUGCCAAUUGCAUUACCUGCUACUGUUUGUCGAGAUGAUUGUUUUAGAACCCUUUUUGGCUUCGAUUGAAAUGAAAUGCUAUGUGAUUGAUCUUUGUUUAUUAUUGAAGUUGCA